CGAGCCCAAUGCGGCGUCUAGGUGUAUCUAUGAUCCUGACCAUGCGCAGCUCUGAGUGAAAACAGACUACUGUAUCAACUCGAAGGGCACACGAAGUCCUACUGAGGAGCGGGACUUUCAUCUGCCAACCUCGGUUAACAAACGGAACAAGUUCACUGUAACGGAGACAGCAGCUGGCUUUAAUGGAGCGGUACAAUAACCAUGAUUUUGCGCCGGAGUGUGAUGGAGGAGGGCUCUCUUGGGAAAUUCAAGAAAUCCUCCAUAUCCACUGAGCCAUCUGCACAGGACAAAGGAGUGUUUAAAGGGAUGCUUAAAAAGACAGACAAAUCUGCCAAAGAGGAUCAUCCACAGGAGGAUUUGUCCACAUCCAGUAAGAUCUCAGGCAGCAACGACAAUCUGUCUGUGAAGAGCAACACUAAGCUGCUACCUCCAUCUGCAACAGCCAGUUUGAAAGUCAACUUUAACACUAAUGAAAAGGAGGCAGGCUCAGAUGAUGACGAUGCAACUGUGAAAAGUGAGAAGCCAUCAGGCCACAAGCAGAAAGACACUGAAGAUGCAGAGUCAGUCAAGGAGAAUGAGAAACAAGUGGAAAAGAAACCAAAACUGGUUGAAAGUAAGAUGAACCAGUAUGAAAGAAGGGAAAGGAGUGCAGCUAUCCUGGUCCCAUCCGGAGAAACUCAAGAGGAGGUGAAGGGGACGUCCUCACAUGACAAAGUAAAACCAAGAAGAACAGAGGAUAGUAAGGAUGACAAAGACAUGACCUCCAGACAGAAGAAAGGAAAACCUGCAGAAUCUCCUGCAGCUCCUUCCCGACCAUCAGAAGUGGAGCUGAACAGAGUAUUUAGGCACAGUCAGCAAAAGCAGAACCAACAGGGUCUGUCUGGUGAUGAGGGUGUAAAAGAUGAAUCUGCUGCAGCCAAAGACGCAGAGGAUGAGAAGAACCCUGCAGAGGGCCAAACAGCUGCAUAUGAUGAUGAAAAGCUGAAUGAAGAUGAAGAGUCUGCAUCCAAAAAGGAAAAGAAUGAAGAGGAGGGCAAGGAAAAAAGAGAGACCAAAGUCAAGAAAAAAAAGAAGCACAACCCCUUCAUGCCUGGAGUCAAGGCCAGAGUUGUACAGAGGCGUGCACAGGAAGAAGCACCCAAAGCUGCAGAGAAUGAAGGUGCAAACAAAUGCAUAUUUGACCAGCUGGAGGACUAUCGUAUUGGCCCUGCACGGGCUGAAGAUAGUGAUGAUGUGGAUCUCAUGGAGUGGUGGGAAACAGUGGAACAAUGGAAAGACAUGCCUCAACAUGAAGACAUGACAGAAAAAGAAGAGGCCAAGACGUUUGCUUUGACAGCAGAGAAAGUGCAGAAGGGCCUCAGAGUCUUCAACAAACUGUUCACAGAGCGCGCCGAGAGCCUCUGGCAGCAUGUCAUCGACCUCAAUAGAAUUGCCGAUGGCCUGGACAAGUUCAACAAGAAUACAAAGAUUGCUCAAAUCACUGGUGGCUCCACCAGCGCCAUCGGGGGCAUUGCCACUGUUGCUGGCCUUGCUCUGGCUCCAUUCACAAUGGGAACCUCCUUGAUUGUGACUGCAGUGGGACUGGGCAUCGCCACAGCGGGCGGUCUGACAUCAGCAGGUGCUGGCAUCUCCAACCAGGUCAACAACACCAUGGACCGCAAGAAGGUGGAGAAGAUUGUGCAGGACUACCAGGAGAAGAUGGAAGACCUCAAUAAGUGCCUGACGUUCAUCAAGCAGGGGAUUGAGAACCUACGCAGGUUUGAUCUGAUCAAGAUCAAGAAUAGUGCAUACAAUCAGGACUUCCCUGCACUCACCAGCAGAUUCUAUGAAGAUGGUGCCAUGGCAGGAAAGGCAAUCCUCAUCAAUGCCAAUGAGAUCAUGCGUUUUGUCCAGAUUGCCAACGUAGCCGGUACCACCGCAGCCAGAGCGGUCCAGAUUGCUAGUAUGGCGACUGGUGUGCUCACCGGACUCUUUGUAGUUAUGGAUAUCUACUUUGUGUCUGAAGACUCCAAAGAACUUAAAAAAGGAGCAAAGUCAGAGUUUGCUGCCAAAAUCAGGGAGGUGGCGCAACAGCUGCACGACGGUCUGGUGGAGCUGAACUCAAUUCGCCAAGAGCUGCAGUUCACCUGACCACAAACCAAUGCAAAGAAGGUAACAGAAAAUCUGGACAGUGAAAAGAAAGACAAAGAUGACAACUCAGAUGAAGAUGAGAUUGACCACAUUAAAAAAAACAUCAAAAAGGACAUUGAGAACUGUGAAAAUGUUUGACACAUAACUGGGAAAUACUUUCAACUUUGCUUUAUUAUUAUUUGCUCAUUCUCAGUACACAAGCAAAUAUUUUGUUUGUAUUAUCUGGGCAACAUUGUGGUGCAGUGGUUAGCAAUGUUGCCUCACAGCAAGAAGGUCCAUGGUUUGAAUCUACCAUCUGGACAGGGCCUUUCUGUGUGGAGUUUGUCUGCGUGGGUUAUCUCUGGGUACUCUGGUUUCCUCCCACAGUCCAAAGACAUGCAGUUAGUGGGGUUAGGUUAACU